GUAGUUUCUGUGGCUGGGGGCCUGCGGGCAGGUGACAGAAGGCGGAGGUGGAGGCCGCGCAGGGCCCGCCCCCGCUGCGCUCUCCUUCACGGGAAGUGAUGUGGGGCCGGACGGAAAAUACCGCCAAGCACCCAAAAAAGGCCAGUCACUUGGGGUCCCAAGCUGCGUUUGGAAGGGAGUGCCUAAGGGCUUGAGAACCGCGGGGACGCAGCAUCUCGAGGAACUGCAGGGACGCAACCGCGCGGGGAUAGCACGAGAGAGAGAGAGACGGAGCCCCAAACCGGGUGAAGCACCAAAUCCUUCAUCAUGUCGGAUGGGGAUUAUGAUUACCUCAUCAAGUUUUUGGCCUUGGGAGACUCUGGAGUGGGGAAGACCAGUGUACUUUACCAGUAUACAGAUGGGAAAUUCAACUCCAAAUUCAUCACCACAGUGGGCAUUGAUUUCAGGGAAAAGAGAGUGGUGUACAGAGCUAAUGGACCAGAUGGAGCUGUGGGCCGAGGCCAGAGAAUCCACCUGCAGUUAUGGGACACGGCGGGGCAGGAGAGGUUUCGUAGUCUGACCACUGCGUUCUUCAGGGAUGCGAUGGGUUUCCUGCUACUGUUCGACCUGACAAACGAGCAAAGUUUCCUCAACGUUCGAAACUGGAUAAGCCAGCUACAGAUGCAUGCGUACUGUGAGAACCCAGAUAUAGUGCUGUGUGGGAAUAAGAGUGACCUGGAAGACCAGAGGGCAGUGAAAGAGGAGGAAGCCAGGGAACUGGCAGAGAAGUAUGGAAUCCCCUAUUUUGAAACCAGUGCUGCCACCGGGGCGAACAUCAGCCAAGCGAUCGAGAUGCUCCUGGACCUGAUAAUGAAGCGGAUGGAACGGUGUGUGGACAAGUCCUGGAUUCCAGAGGGCGUGGUGCGGUCCAAUGGCCACACUUCUGCGGAUCAGCUGAGUGAGGAGAAGGAGAAGGGGCUAUGCGGCUGUUGAGACACCAGGUGAGCGUCGCAGCAGCCCCUGCCUGUGAGGAGCUGUUCCGCAGAGCUCCAGCCCGCCAGCCGAGAUGAACCACACCGCGCCAAACGCCAGCUGCUUCUCCUGUCUCCAGUGGACGUUACCUCAGCGUCCAUUUCUAAGUUGUUGCAGCUUUAUACGUCCAAGAAUUGGCAGAACUAUUUCACAGAGCCAAAAGUGCCUUGAAAGCCUAAGCCCAUGGGGGCAGGCCAUUCAGGUAGUCAGGAUUUUGCAGCCAUGAAAGGUUGCGUCUAUUAUGUUAGUAUGCUGAUGAUGGUACUGUCCCGUGCCAUCUAAUGAGACCUGGAGUCUCAUUAGAGUCCCCCCAAAGACAUUAGGAUCUUUGAGCAAUGAAAGGCUACCAUGGUCUUGAGAAUCCAGAUUUAAAAAUCCACACCAUAGUUGACCUUCUAGAACAUCACUCACCAACACUUGAAUGUUACUAUUAUGUGCACAUUGGAUCGGUGUCUUUCAGCAUCACCUUUCAUGUCGGCCUUCCCUUGGACGUUAUGUUAAAAUUACAGCCAUCUCUAUAGAUUGGGUAUGCUGGGUUGACUGUGGGUUUGGUGGGGGGGGGAGGGGUUUGUAGGGCAGGGGUGGGUGAAGAGGUGGAAGCUCGUGAAGUCGGAUUUUCUGGCUCUGGGCUUCAGGGUCAUGGAGACCCAGGUGUUUAUUAGUGGUCUGUUGGUUCGGUCCACAGCUGAGCAUAGCUCGGGUUUCUGGUGAAUGCAUGGUAAGAAAAGACUUUACUUCUCUUCAGAUUUAUGUUUUGUCUGGCACCUUCGGGCUGCCGUUCCUGUGAGGACUGCUGAGUGCCCGACUUUACCAUUGGGCUGGGCGUCUGCCUUUGCUGUCUCCCUGUCUGUCUUCUCCCUCAUUAGUGUGGACUGAGGGACUCUCUUUUUAAUUAAGCCACAUCUUUAUUUGCCGUCUGGAGGGAGAUGGAUGUCUGUAUUUAAGCAGUCACAUGUGUGUGCUCGUUUGAGACAGGUGUCUCGCAGCAGCCUGUCCUUCCCCGGAAGGUGGGCAUCCAUCCAUGUCCUCGCUGUGUCUUGCCAGAUCAUGUGUUCUGUCGUCUCAGUGUCUUCAUGCCCAAAAAGGGUGGUUCAAAAUGUUCUUCAUAGACUCCACUUCUUCAGACCCAAGGGAUCUCAUUCACAGCAAAAGGCUUUUAAAGAAAGUAAGCCAGAAUUUCCAAAGAACUUCACCAAGGAAAAAUAUCACCAAUUAUAAUUUUAAAAAGUAAAAACUGUGGGGUUUGGGUUUUUUUUUAAAACAGUAAAUGCUUGGCAGAACUUGUAAUACUUGUAAUUACUAAAAGAAAUAUAAAGGAAAAUAAGUAGUUUGCAUAGUAGUUUUCAAGUGGCCUUUUUUCUUUUUUCUUUCUUUCUUUUCUUUUCUUUUCUUUUUUUUUUUUUUUUUGACACAGGGUCUCACGAUGUAGCCCUGGCUGUCCUGGAACCCCCUCUGUAGACCAGGCUGGCCUCAGACUCCGAGAGAUCCACCCGAUUCAAGGUGGAGCCAUUACACCCAGCCCUUAAAAGGCUUUUUGAAAUUCAACAUCCUGGAUUGCCAUUGUCCUUCGUGAGCCCCUGCCCAGCAAAAUUAGCCAUGGCUACUAAGCCUUUUCUGUCACUGAAAUGAGGGAUGCUUUGAAAGACCAAGGUGGUUGUUAAGGCUUUUGCAUCUGGAUCCCGUGUAUCUGAAACAUAUCCCAUGUUUCAAGGGAGGUGGGGCAUGCACAGCAGUGCCUUCCAAAGUUGCUCUAAGACUUGGGUGCGGUUUAUCACAUAUCAGACAUACAAAUGUCUCUUUUGUAAAUAAAAAUAAGUUAAUGUUUGCAUAGUGCCGCUUUCGGGGAAGUAGAUCCACGGUUAGAUUCAGGUCUUGUUGGCUCCAAACCUGGCAGAGGGUUAAAUGUGUGUGAUAGAGACCCACACAAAAACUGCCUUGAUCUGUGGAAAAAGUAACCUGUAUUCUCUUUGGAAAUGGUUUAAAUUUGAUAUAAAAUAACCAUAUUUUUUGUCAAUGUAUUUUUCUAAUUGCAAAUCUGUAUAAAAGUAAAUGCUCUUCAGUGAACUUUGUGCCAAUUAAACCAUAAUAAAAAAAAAAAAUAAAAGA